AAUUCAUUGAAGCAAACAGCGGCAUGGAAAACACUUCAAGGCUUAUCGCAACAACGAAACUCGCUGAGUCCCCUCAUGCGCAUCUUCCCCAAACGCGCGAUGGAUGUCGUCCAAGAAGUCGUUGGAACACUCCGACAAGAAGGACGCGUGAUUUUACCAACUCCUGUGGGGAUUGUGCGUGGCAGACAUCAAGCAGUGAAAUCUGGUCUCGGAUAUUAUUACAGUUUCAAAGGAAUCCGUUACGGACAACCACCCAUUGGAGCUCGUCGUUUCCGUUCUGCGUUGCCGGAACAACCGUGGCAAGGAGUGCGGAAUACCCUGCGUGAGGGAGCGACUUGCCCGCAUCGCAAUAUGUUACUUGACACGUAUGGAGGAUCCGAGGAUUGUCUCUUUUUGAAUGUUUUUACGCCGGUUUUGCCCACCGAGAAUCGACAUCCGAAAUUGCCGGUGAUGGUUUUUAUUCAUGGAGGCGCUUUUACAUUUGGUUCGGGAAAUACGUUUUUGUAUGGACCUGACUACAUCGUGCAAGAAGGAGUAAUUUUAGUGACAUUUAAUUAUCGUCUCGGACCGAUUGGAUUUUUGAGUGUGGGCGGUGAUGCACCGGGAAAUGCUGGAUUGAAGGAUCAGGUGCUUGCUCUGAAAUGGGUUCGUGAUAAUAUUGCUGCGUUUGGAGGAAAUCCUAAUGAUGUGACGAUAUUUGGACAAUCAGCUGGAGCAGCAAGUGUGCAUUAUUUGAUGUUAUCUCCAAUGGCUGCCGGUCUCUUCCAUCGUGCAAUUUGUCAAAGCGGAACAGCAAUUAAUACUUGGGCUCGUGCCAGUCACGCACGUGAACGAGCCUUUGCCUUAGGAAAAGUCUUGGGAAUGGAAACUAAUGACACUUCCAAGCUUUUAGAAUACUUAAGAAGUGUUUCUCCAAAAAAUCUAAUUGACGCUGCUCCACUAACUUUAACUCCAGAAGAUGCCAAAAACAACAUUGGACUGCCUUUUGUGCCGGUAAUUGAAGAAUCUUGGGCAGACAGUCAAUGGGAAGGAACAAUGGAUGCUUUAAAAGAAGGACAUUUCAUCGCCGAAGAACCACUUGAGAUAAUUAGGAAAAAGAAUUACAACAACGUCCCGUUGCUGCUUGGAUACAACACACAUGAAGCGAUGCUCUUCAUUCGACGCCUGAAAAAAGAUCCAACUUUGAUAAAAACGAUCGAUCAAGAUUUCGAAAGAUUAAUUCCGACUGACUUGAAGUUGCCGAGUGGAAGGAGUUCGGAAACGGUGGUGCAGGUGGCGAAAGAUAUCCGAGAUUUUUACUUGGGAUCAAAAGCGGUCUCGAAUGACACACUGGAAGAAAUGAUUUAUUUACUGACCGACACAAUGUUCGCCCACGGUAUCGUAGAAACAGCGAGACAACAUGCAGCAAAUGGACGAUCAAAUGUUUUCCUUUACAGAUUCGAGUUUGAUGGUGCUUUAGGGCUCUAUAAGCGAUUAUUGGGAAUUGCCAGGCCAGGAACAUGUCACGGAGAUGAACUCGGGUAUUUGUUCCACUUUGGACUUUUGAACUUGAGUUUGAAUCCACAGUCGCCUGAAAUUCAAGUCAAAUAUCGAAUGGUGAAAAUGUGGACCAAUUUUGCGAAAUUCGGUAAUCCAACGCCUUUUGGCAGCAACGAUGACACUAUUGACGGAACAAUCUGGAAGCCAGUUAACGGAUCUGACGUCAUGCAUGUCCCUUACCUGAAUAUUGACUCAAAAUCCGAGAUGAAAAUGAAUCCAGAUGCGGACCGAUUGAAAUUCUGGGACAAUUUGUACAUAAAAUACAACGGAAAUACACUAGCGAACACCGUUUAGAGAUAAGACAUUUUAAAUUUGUACAUCUUAGGACAGUAACCAGUGAGGUUUCCUUAUUUAUUUUUUUCUUUUUUUGUUAAAAUAUCUGUAAGGCCCCGACGACUGAUUUUUACUUUUAGUUGUUUAAUUUUUAUUUUUUGUUAGUUUUACAAAUUUAACGAUUAAAACCAAAGUUACCGUAAG